AUGGACACAGCAGAUAUUGACGCGGCUACUGUCCAAGCUGUAGAAAUCACUGAUACCAAUCCAUGGUUACAGGUGACUGGAUGGACCCAGUAUUUACAGGAUAUUGCCUUUCAGGAUAUAUUGAACAGCAUGGACCCACCUGACCCUGAGUCCAUAGACCCCAUUGAGCAGGGGAUCCGCCGGUUGUGGGACACCAUAGAGCAGGUGGUGCACAAGAGCCAGCGGACGGUGGACCACAGUGGCCAGGCUAUUUGCAUCGAGGCAGUACGGUCCGAGACCGGGCAGACCCCGUAUCAGCCAUUGCAGAUAUACAUGGAUGCAGAGAGCAUUAUCAAGCAUGUCCAGCUGUAG